CACGUCUCUCUUUUCUCUCUUUAAUUUUGUCAGUUCUGUAGGCUGUCUUGUAGCUAGGCAAGGUAAGUCAAGUCAAGGCCGCUGAUAUAUAACAUUGCCAUCUAUAUAUCAAGAAUUGAAAGAAUAUACAUAUACUUAGGAUAAAGUUGAAGAUUAAUUUCAUGAUGAUGGAGGGCAAAACAACUGUUACUUACCAAACAAACGCGGUCUUCUCCCCCAACAAUGCUGUGGGUAUGGCGGAUGGUAAUGCUGGCAGUUCUUCGCAAGAUGAUGAGAGAGGAAGCGCCGCCGCGGGAUUCCGCAGGGCGGAGACUCUGCUCCGCCUCUUUCCCAUGGCUCUGUGUGUGGUGGCGCUGGUCUUGAUGCUCAAGAACUCCCAAAGUAACACGGACUUUGGCUCCAUCUCGUAUUCUGACGUUGUACCCUUUAAGUAUUUGGUGCACGCAAAUGGAAUAUGUGCAGGUUAUUCACUCCUAUCAGCAGUGGUUGCAGCCAUACCAAGGCCCUUCAGUAUGCCUCGUGCUUGGACCUUCUUCCUCCUUGAUCAGCUCCUUACAUACGUGGUACUAGCGGCUGGAGCAGUGGCAACUGAGGUGGUUUACCUGAACUACAAAGGGGACAGCGCCACCACAUGGAGCGAGAGUUGCGUGGCAUUUGGCGGGUUUUGCCACAAGGCCACCACAUCUGUUGUGAUCACAUUCGCUGUCAGCCUAUCUUAUGUCGCCAUUUCGCUCAUUUCUUCCUACAGACUCUUCAGCAAGUAUGAUGCUCCAGUUGUCUUGCACAAUGGCAAGGGCAUUGAAAUUCCCGCUUUCUGAUCGGAAGCUAAUCAGGCCGCCGGCCAGCUUUGAUCAUCUGUCAUCUUAUAAUACAUACACUUCAGUGUGUGCAUGUUUUGCAUUUGGCUUAGCUUAGAAGAUACUUAAGUAGCUGGUACGACACAAUGUUUAAAUAGUCGAAUAGUAUGUCACCCUUCAAGUUAUCACAAUACUUGUUUAAUUUCCUGUUUGUGCAUGGGGUGGGGGUUUAAGAGAAAUAGUCAAAAGUAGGGAUGGACUCGGGACGGGUCAAUCGGCCCAGCCCGAUACUGUUUCAGCCCGGCCUGACCUUAAUAGGGGCGGAGCCAGGAGGUGAGGGUAGGGGGGCCAAAAUCCUACUACAUAAUA